UAUCUUUGUUGUGGCUAGCGGAGCACCGGCUAUAUCAUCUCUACAAUAGUUAUGCUGCGUUGCACGUUGCUAGUUAGUUGCAAUGUUGUAGCUAUUAGCACGAUAGCCAUUCCUUCGCUGGGAGGGAGACCCGACGUUUAGUUUGACAAACUUACGGAGUUAAUUCUCACCCAUUCAUAGUCCAACCAGCAGCCAACUGCUGGGCAACGGAAAUUACUUAACUUACUCUAUAUUAACUAGUUUGUUGUCCUGUCAGUCUCUUUGCUCGCUAGCCUACCCAGCUAGCUAGCCACUAGCGUUCUUCCGUCUUCUUCCAUAGUGCGAACCGUCUCCUACCCGGCUGGAGGACCAUGGCGAUGAGACAGACUCCGCUCACCUGCUCCGGUCACACCCGGCCUGUGGUGGACCUGGCCUUCAGUGGAAUCACUCCCUAUGGCUACUUUCUCAUCAGCGCCUGCAAAGAUGGCAAGCCCAUGUUGCGCCAGGGAGACACAGGGGACUGGAUAGGAACGUUUCUGGGUCACAAAGGCGCUGUCUGGGGAGCCACUCUGAACACAGACGCCACCAAGGCAGCCACCGCAGCAGCUGAUUUCACAGCAAAGGUGUGGGAUGCAGUGAGUGGAGACGAGGUCCUCACACUGGCACACAAACACAUCGUCAAGACUGUCAGCUUUACUCAGGACAGCAACUGUCUGCUGACUGGAGGAAACGACAAGCUGCUGCGCAUCUAUGAUCUCAGCAACCCUGAAGCAGCACCUCAGGAGAUUGCAGGUCACACCUCAGCCAUAAAAAAAGCCUUGUGGUGUAACAACGACAAGCAGAUCCUCUCUGCUUCCGAGGACAAAACCAUACGGCUGUGGGACAGGAGCUCCAUGGAGGAGGUGAAGACGUUGACGUUCAACACGUCAGUCAGCAGCAUGGAGUAUGUGGCUGAUGGAGAGAUUCUUGUGAUCACAUAUGGAAAGACAAUCGCUUUCUACGACGCUCAGAGCCUGGACCUGAUCAAGACAGUGGAGGCCCCGGCUCCCAUCAACUCGGCCUCCCUCCACCCAGAGAAGGACUUCUUUGUUGCCGGUGGAGACGACUUCAAGCUCUACAAAUUUGACUACAGCACCAAGGAAGAGCUGGAAUCCUAUAAGGGUCACUUUGGUCCAGUGCACUGUGUUCGCUUCAGUCCGGAUGGUGAGCUGUAUGCCAGCGGCUCUGAGGACGGCACGCUCCGACUGUGGCAGACGGCUGUGGGGAAAACCUACGGCCUGUGGAAGUGUGUCCUUCCUGAGGACCUGGGGGCAGAGAACUCUGAGCAGCUGUACACCUCGACCCCUGAGAUCAAAGCCUGAGGAGAAAGCAGUGUUGUUUGAAAACAGGAUGAGAAGAGAGAAGGAAGAAGGAAAGGAGACGAGCGGAGGGGUGUUCCAGCAUUCUAUCAGGCCCCAGCAAGGAGCAGAGUCCAGAGCAUCUCCAUCCAUCAGGAACUGAUGUGGAUAUUAUGACUGCCCUGUCUGUCAUAGAUCAACCCAUGACACACUUACACACAUACACACUAAUUUUAUGCAGUCACAUGGACAGUAUGGGCUACAGAGUAAAGCAGUAGAGUUGUGAGUGUUGGCUCAUCGCUGCCUGCUUUCUCUCUGACCAGCCCAGUUCUGUCUGUCUGCUUAAAAUAAAAAUACAAAUUUCAGUUAAUUGUUACAAGAAUAUUAAAGGUAGUUUGUGCUAAAGUUAAGGCGCUUUCAUUUUUUCAGAAACAUUGCUUUUGAGUAUUUGCUGCUGUUGUACUGAUUGAGUAAAGUUAAAUGUCCAUAUAAAAGAAAAUGUUGUUUUGUGACAAAGUGGAAAGGGAAGAAAUGUCACUGGGUUUUUUUCCAUUUUGGUUUCUGUCUUCAUUUGUGUCCAGUGAUAAAAUAAACGCUUUCACUUUUAUUUUUAAGUAAUGCAAAAAGAGCAAACUGGGUUUGGUGCUUU